CAAUAAAUAACCUGUUAUAGAGAACAAAUCUUCACAGUAACAGUUGAACUAAGUAAUGCUUUUACCAGGAAGUGGGUUUUGUAUAUUCACAUAAUACACAUUAAACUAAAAGAUGUUUCAAGCAUACAGCAGAAAUCUAUUUCAAUUUCCAAAAAAAAUGUGUUUAAUAAUAAUUGGAAAAAAUGAACAUGAAAAAAGUGAAAGUGGCAAUUCAAUAUUAUACAAAAAUACGUUCACAGCUUCUUGCUAUCCAAAAAUUGAUACCUGUUCAUACUGGAGCCGCGAAGUACAAGUUCUCGAUUUUCCCGAUAUUUUUAACGAAACAUUACAUACGGAAGAUGGAACUGAAAAAUUUCGUGCAUUAAUGCAAAAUGUUGUGUACGCUAACUUAGAAGGCUACCAUGCAUUUCUUAUUGUUUUAAAGUUUGGGAAUCACUUAGCUGGAAGUGAAACAUCUUAUAUUGAGUUCCUCAAAAAUAAUUUAGGAGAAUAUUUCUUAAGAAAGUAUGGCAUCAUUUUAAUGACAAACGGAGGCGAUUUUAGUCUUCAGCACAAGUUAAGCAUCGACGAGUAUUGUGAAAAACAAAGUGGAGCUUUUAAGCAAUUAGUUACAGAGUGUAAUAAUAGAAUCGUUCUUUUUGACAACUAUACAACUGACAAAAUCCAACGACGAAGGCAAAGGGAAAGAUUAUUUCAAAUAGUGGUUAAUUUAGGGAGUGAAAAUGGAAGAUACACGAAAACCCAUUUCGAAGAAGCACAAGGGUUAAAUACACAUAAUGAAUCUAAACAAGCUGUUGGAAAUGAUACAGCAGUAAAUAAGAAGUCUGAUAAUAAAGAAGUAGCUAGCCCGAGAAUAUUGUUGGAUAAACAGCAAAAACUAGCCAUUACAGAAAUUAAUAUAAUGUUAAUGGGACCAUUCAAGAGUGGAAAGAGUUUAACUGGAAAUUCAAUUCUUAACAAAGAUGCGUUUAGAACUUAUAUUCCUAUAUCGCAUUCUAACCCAGGUCGCACCUCUCCUGUGCUUGGCGAAUGCAAAUUUAUGGGUUGCCAUAUUCAAGUUGUUGACUGUUUGGAAGGGUACGGCAUAGAUUGGUAUGGAUCAAGAGCUGAUUUGAUUUCUAGAUCGCUAACAGACAUCCUUUUAACUGUCAAGAAUGGUUACAAUGCCUUUUUGUAUGUUAUUAAGUUGGGAUCCCGCUUAUCAAGAGAAGAAAUAAAAAUUGUUGAGGCUCUUAAACAGUUUCUAGGAGAACGUUUCUUAAAAGAUUAUGGUAUAAUAGUCAUGACAAAUGGAGAUGUAUUUAGACGUCAAUCAUCCCUAAGUUUAAAGACGUUUUGUGAAGAACAGACUGGACCUUUUAAAGAAUUGUUGGAAGAAUGCAACAAUAGAAUUGUUCUUUUUGAAAAUUUAACUACGGAUGAAAAAAUAAACCAUGAUCAGAGGAAAACAUUAAUUAACAUGGUUAAAGGUUUACAAAAUCAAAAUGCAAGAUACACAUUUAGUAACAUGAACUUUAGACAUUUCCAAGUUGACUAA